AUGCCAGCUCAUCAAGCAAAUCCCGUCGCUACCGAAAAAUUAUCGCAUGACGCAUUUAUUGAUUCUCCAACAAUUAAUAAAUCAAAAAUUCAAAAUUUUUUCGACGAAAAAAUCAAGAAUCAUUUGAUUCCCAAUGGCAACACUCACAUGAAUGAUUUAUACAUCACUCAGGAACAUAAAUCUAGCUUGCCCACACUUUUCCCCUCGCUUACAUAUGUUGUGUAUGUUCAUCGUGCCAUCAGAAAUUUAGUGUUGACGGUGGCGUUCAACUGGUCGAUGCCAUUCCUUCAUCCUUUUAACUUUUUGAUUACUGUUACGGUAUUUCCGGCUAUCGUUAUUGUGUUGGUGGUGAUUGAAGCAGCUUUGCAUAUUUCAUAUAGUUUUGGAUUUGGACACGUAUUAGAGGGCAUAGGGAAAGAAUGGGGUGACGGUUUAAGCCCUGUCAAUUGGUGGGAUCCAAGAAUAUUUUCGGAUGAAGUAAAUCAAAUUGUAAAAGAUGGAAUAGUAGGACUCGAUCAGCCAAUGGCCCCGGCUGUGGAAACAGUAGCAGAAAACACCAACGGAG